CCAAAGGCUCCUUACCCACUGAUACCGGGACAACUCAUCACAUACUGUAUUACAUUUUAUCGUUUUGGACUAUCCUUUCAUGUCAGCCGAGUCCAAGAUGCAAAGCAUGCAGGAGGUGCUUCCAUUUGCCCGUGAGCUGAUGGCGCAGGGUGGGAGCCGGGGGCUGCUGAAGAUCUACCUGCUGGGCUCCGGCAUGGCCGUCUGUGGGUUGGUAGGGGGGCUGGUGGACGCCGCCUCCUUCGUCUUCGGCGAGAAGGACACACUCUCCAUGGAGACGGAGCAGUCGGUGCCUGUGAGAGCGGUUGAGGAGCAGUCGGUGCCUGUGGAGCCUGUCCUCACUGCUGUGGAGCCUGACGACACAGCCGAUAUUUUUGAGGAAGAAGAGAUGUUCGCCAAAGCCAAGCAGAACCCAGCCAUCACACAGAGGAGGAGGAGUCGCUCCUUUGCAUCCUAGACCAUUUACACACACACACACACGCACACACACACACAGCACAGACACACAGAAAUAUAACACAUUCAUAGCUACUGAUUAUGGACUUUGGACUUAUAUGGUUGUGUUGGGUUUGGAUUACAUGUGGUGCAGACUAAUAAUGAUAUCUGAUGCCUUCUUGCUGGCUUCUGGAGGUGAUGUAAUAUGGUUUGGGGAUUGCUUAAGACUGGCGGUAACCUUGAACAUGGGCCUACUUGUUUAUCAUCCCAUGAGAGCAAUGACACUAUAACACUGAAACAUAUUAAAACUUAAAAAUAUCA